AGACAUUCCUUGAGAGUCUAUGGAAUCCCAGCUAAAAAUCUCUAAUUAGGGUAUGGUGACAUGGUACCCAAAACCAUAGCAGGAAAGAUUUUUGGGUCCAUCUGUUCGCUGAGUGGGGUCUUGGUCAUUGCUCUACCUGUUCCAGUGAUUGUAUCCAACUUCAGUCGAAUCUACCACCAAAACCAACGAGCAGACAAACGAAGGGCACAAAAGAAAGCUAGACUGGCCAGGAUCCGGGCAGCCAAAAGUGGAAGUGCAAACGCUUACAUGCAAAGCAAACGGAAUGGUUUACUCAGUAAUCAACUGCAGUCCUCAGAGGAUGAGCAGGCCUUUGUUAGCAAAUCCGGCUCCAGCUUUGAAACCCAGCACCACCACCUGCUUCACUGCCUGGAAAAAACCACGAAUCACGAGUUUGUGGAUGAACAAGUCUUUGAAGAAAGCUGCAUGGAAGUUGCAACCGUUAAUCGUCCUUCAAGUCACAGUCCCUCUCUCUCUUCACAACAAGGAGUCACCAGCACUUGCUGUUCACGACGACACAAAAAAACUUUCCGCAUCCCAAAUACCAACGUAUCAGGAAGCCAUCGAGGCAGUGUGCAAGAACUCAGUACGAUUCAGAUCAGAUGUGUGGAAAGAUCACCGCUAUCUAACAGCCGAUCCAGUUUAAAUGCCAAAAUGGAAGAGUGUGUUAAACUAAACUGUGAACAACCUUAUGUGACUACAGCAAUAAUAAGCAUCCCAACACCUCCAGUAACCACACCGGAAGGAGAUGACAGGCCAGAAUCUCCUGAGUACUCAGGAGGAAAUAUUGUCAGAGUGUCUGCUUUGUAAGACAAUUGAAAUGCGAUCUAAGAGAAUUUGAGCCCUGGCUGUGAGAAGAAUCUCAAUGUAGAAGAAAGAAGAAAUAAUAAACCUUUUGCAGAUUAAGACAGCAAAGCAAGAAAGUUGUAGUGAAACAAAAACAAAGCUUCCAAACUUGAGGAUGUGAAUAAAACCACCAAUUGGCAUUUCUAGACAGAGUUUGACCUGUUAUACAGAGGAAUUAUCUGUGGCCCUUGACUUUGUGAAUGAGCACAAUGAAAUGCCACCUAUUGAUGCUUCUUAUGCUCAGAACUCUUUUUUAAUAAAAUAAAUAAAUCUUUGAACAUAAUGUUCCAGUUGAAUGCAAAACAAAAAAAAUAUGGAAAACAUUUUGAUAAAAUUUUUCCUGUUAAAACCAUGAACAUUGGCUAUGAUGAAGAUUAUUACAUAUAAAAAAAAACCCUCACACAAUACAUUUGUAUUGACUGAAGGAAACCAUCAUAAUGCAUGCUAGAAUUCUUUGGAGCAGUGAUCUCAGUUUCCUUAUGUUGUCUUCAGAAUAGGCAUGAUAAACUAUAAUUGUAGAAAGGGGGAAUUUCUGUGCACUUACAACAAGCUGAUUGUUCAUGUUCCAUGGUGGGCUGUGCAAAUAAACUCCUUUUAGAAUUGCAGUAUUUCUCAUGGGGAUGCUCAUUAGUAAAUCAAACGUGUUCAGAUAGUUCAGCAUUAAUUAUCAUUUUACCUUGCACCUAGAUACUGUUACAACUGCAAUAAUUCAUUGUACAACUGUUGUAUCAGGAAUCAGGAUUUUUUGUUGUACUUUCCAGAUCUUUAUAGAUACAGUAAGAGCCACAUUCAUAGAAAAACUUCUGGUGUGGCCAGAUUUUAGGUAACUUUUUAAUCCAAAACUAUUGUGCCAUAAAUGUUUUUCAGUAAUAUUCUUCCAUUCACUGUAUUUCUGUGACACAGUACAUUAUCUGUUCCUGUAUUUCUAUAGCACCUUUCUAUUCGGUUUAUCGUUGUCAACUGGACUAAAGUUUACUGUAAUUCAAAUGACUUUCCUGCUUUUGUAUUCCCCAACAAAUUAUCUUGUAAGCAGAUUAUCAUCAAUCCCCUUGUCAAAAACUAGAAAAAAGGGAGUUGACAUCUACUAAUUAUCUCUAACGUCUUUGCUGUUUAUGGAAAAGCCCAGAUACUGGAUAUAUCUCUAUGUGUUUUAUGAAAAGAGUUGACUGGGACUAAUAUCACGGGAUCAAUGAUCUGAAAAUCUUACUUGAUGUAUUAUUUACUUUGCUUUAGAUCUUGAAUACAUUUUGAGAAUAACUAAUGCGAAUUGAAAUGCAGAGAUAAACUGGAGUGUUUUAUGUAGCAAUAUUCUGUGAAAACGCUUUCUAUGCCAUUCAGGAAGGCAGCACAAAUUUAUCUCAAAAAGGUUUCUGUAUAUUGCAAGGUGCAAUUUUCUCCACUACAUCAAGAGGAUAGGAGUUUGAUGAUGCAAAGUUGAUCUCUAUGUAUAUUUAAGUGGAAAGUAUUUAUACCUUCUCACCCUUAAAAUAUAUCAGCAGACAGUGUAAAAAAGUUUUAUGUCAAUGAGAAGUUUCUGUUCAUUCCAAGCCACCACUGUAAGGAAUAAAGCUUAGCUUCUGUACAUGGAAAGAGUUAAUAAUUAUCCCUCUACUAUAGAGAUUUUAAAAUGCAUAUCACAAUUUAUCAUAAAAAAGAAUUAAUACAACCAUUUUCAAGUAAAGCCAGAAAUUCUUGCUUCCCAUUUCUAGAAUAGCUUCUAGAACAGUGCUGUGUACACAGUAGAUCUUUAUAAACAUUUGCUGAGUGAAAGUAAGAUUAACUCAACUAUUUCUUGGGAAGAACUGGCUUUAUUCCUAGUACGUCUUUUAAAAAGUUACUAAUCUUCCAGCAGUGUGAAUAUUAACAAUUAUAUUAACACCUGCCUCAUGUCACUUUAUGCUUCUAGAGCAAAUACAUAGUGAAACUUCUUUGAUGGCAUUUACUGAAAAAAAAUUUUUUAAGUAGACUAAGGAAACCACAAUCAGGAAUAUUUACGUCUUAUGAUUCCCAAUGAGAAGUUCUAUUUUCAUGUUCCUAAUAUUGCAUAAAAGAAAAUGCAGUUAGAUUAUUUUGGUUAACAAUUCUGCCUCCUCUUUUGAUUUAUCAUUUAUCCAAAGCUAUUAAUUUCUUUAGACGUUUGGAAAAGAAAAAAAAACUUUUUGAUGUUUUAGGUGAUUUAAAAAUAUACUGUGUUGGUGGUGAAUGACUUUUGAUGACUGUGUUAAGUGCAUCUGUACUGUAAGUGAAAUGUAAUUAUUUCUGUGUACCAUAUGGAGUAACUAAGGUCAUUGUUUUUGACAAUUUUGUUUGAAAUUCAUGUAUCUUAUUUCAAAGGAUAGCAUAAUAUCUGCAUUAUGCUGGAAAAAAUAGACCUUUGGAGAAUACUUAAAUAAAACAUGUGCAUGCUUGAACAGGACAAAA